ACGUGUUCUCCUUUAAGAGUUAAGAAACUUGAAACCUUGUUUGCGCAACAAUCAGCGCCGCGGAGCCGCCAAAGUGUCUAGACUGGCAUAUGAUGGGAGGCAGCCAAUGACUCCGCGGCGCUCCUCCGGGGGCCCUCAGUGUGCGUUUGAGGAGAACAAAAAAGAGAGAGCCGAGCGGGGGAGCGAGCGAGGGAGACGAGCCGAGAGAAAGAGCCGCCGGGCGCUGCCUCGCCAGACCUCGCCGGGACCACGGGGCCACCGGGAGGCACUUUUUGUGGAGGGGGGAGGGGGGCGACCUCUGCAGCCGCAGCGUCCGGGGCGUCCGAGCGCAGCGUGGGGCGGGCUACGACCUCUGCCUCGGUGGAUUGCAUUUUUAAUUAAGGAUUCCCAGCAGCUCUUUGGGAUUUUUACAGUUUCCACUCAUGUGUUGACACCCGCGUUCUGGAGAAAUUCGCUCCAAGUGCAUCUAGCGCCUGGGACCUGAGACGGAGUUGGCUUUUCGUGCAUGCAAUUCCAGGGAUUUUGGUUUUGUUUCGGGUUUCUUUUUCUUUCUUUCCUUUUUUUCUUUUUCUUUUUUUCUUUCUGCAGGGAGUAAGAAGGAAGUCGAGGGUAUCAACAAGCCUGCCUUUCGGAUCCUGCAGGAAAAGCCCAUGUAGUGAAGUGCUUGGGUUUUAAAGGCAGGGCUUCCCAGACACAUUUGGGGGGUUCGGCGCGAGCGCUUUGUGCUCAUGGACCAGCCGCGUAACUUUUGAAGGCUCUCCGGCCCAUGCGGGGUCUUGCUGGCGGCGCGCAGUCUGCAGUCCCUCUGAAGCGCCGGGGCUGGAGUUGCUGAGCUGCCCGGGCGCCGGGGUCCAUGUAGUCGCGGGCCGAGCGCGGACUGCGGCUCGGCGUGCGCGCGUUCCCCGCCGUCCUGCCCUGGCGAGCUCCCUCAUGUUGCAGCCCUGCGGCGCCCCUUCGACGACAGGCUGUGCGCGGUCUGCACGGCGCCCGGCGGCAGAGCUUCAUGUGGGGCUGCGGCUCGCGCAGCCGGCGCCUCGCUGAGGAAACGGACCCCCGGUAACCGGAGACCGCCUCCCCCCCACCCCCGGCGCCAAAGGAUAUCGUAUGUUCAGGUCCAAACGCUCGGGGCUGGUGCGGCGACUUUGGCGAAGUCGUGUGGUCCCCGACCGGGAGGAAGGCAGCGGCGGCGGCGGCGACGAGGAUGGGAGCGUGGGCAGCCGAGCUGAGCCGGCCCCGCGGGCACGAGAAGGCGGAGGCUGCGGCCGCCCCGAAGUCCGCCCGGUAGCCCUGAGGCGGCCCCGGGACGCGGUGGGACAGCGAGGCGCCCAGGGCGCUGGGAGGCGCCGGCGCGCAGGGGGCCCCCCGAGGCCCAUGUCGGAGCCGGGGGCCGGCUCUGGGGGCUCCCCGCUGGACGUGGCGGAGCCGGGAGGCCGGGGCUGGCUGCCCGAAAGUGAUUGCGAGACGGUGACCUGCUGUCUUUUCUCGGAGCGGGACGCCGCCGGCGCGCCCCGGGACGCCGGCGACCCCCUGGCCGGGGCGGCCCUGGAGCCGACGGGCGGCGGGCGGAGUCGUGAAGCCCGCUCGCGGCUGCUGCUGCUCGAGCAGGAGCUCAAGACGGUCACGUACUCGCUGCUGAAGCGGCUCAAGGAGCGCUCGCUGGACACGCUGCUGGAGGCGGUGGAGUCCCGCGGCGGCGUGCCGGGCGGCUGCGUGCUGGUGCCGCGCGCCGACCUCCGCCUGGGCGGCCAGCCCGCGCCGCCGCAGCUGCUGCUCGGCCGCCUCUUCCGCUGGCCCGACCUGCAGCACGCCGUGGAGCUCAAGCCCCUGUGCGGCUGCCACAGCUUCGCCGCCGCCGCCGACGGCCCCACCGUGUGCUGCAACCCCUACCACUUCAGCCGGCUCUGCGGGCCAGAAUCACCACCACCCCCCUACUCUCGGCUGUCUCCUCGCGACGAGUACAAGCCACUGGAUCUGUCUGAUUCCACAUUGUCUUACACUGAAACGGAGGCCACCAACUCCCUCAUCACGGCUCCGGGUGAAUUCUCAGACGCCAGCAUGUCUCCGGAUGCCACCAAGCCGAGCCACUGGUGCAGCGUGGCCUACUGGGAGCACCGGACACGGGUGGGCCGCCUCUACGCGGUGUAUGACCAGGCCGUCAGCAUCUUCUACGACCUACCUCAGGGCAGCGGCUUCUGCCUGGGCCAGCUCAACCUGGAGCAGCGCAGUGAGUCGGUGCGGCGCACGCGCAGCAAGAUCGGCUUCGGCAUCCUGCUCAGCAAGGAGCCGGACGGCGUGUGGGCCUACAACCGCGGCGAGCACCCCAUCUUCGUCAACUCCCCCACGCUGGACGCGCCCGGCGGCCGCGCCCUGGUGGUCCGCAAGGUGCCCCCCGGCUACUCCAUCAAGGUGUUUGACUUUGAGCGCUCCGGCCUGCUCCAGCACGGGCCCGAGCCCGACGCCGCCGACGGCCCCUACGACCCCAACAGCGUCCGCAUCAGCUUCGCCAAGGGCUGGGGUCCCUGCUACUCCCGGCAGUUCAUCACCUCCUGCCCCUGCUGGCUUGAGAUCCUCCUCAACAACCACAGAUAGCGGCCCGCCACCCGCCCCGCCAACGGGGGCCCCGUGCCCAGAGACACAGCCCCCACGGACGACCCCCCCAGAUAUCAUCUACCUAGAUUUAAUAUAAAGUUUUAUAUAUUAUAUGGAAAUAUAUAUUAUACUUGUAAUUAUGGAGUCAUUUUUACAAUGUAAUUAUUUAUGUAUGGUGCAAUGUGUGUAUAUGGACAAAACAAGAAAGACGCACUUUGGCUUAUAAUACAGAUAUAUUUUCUUUCUUCUCCUC